ACAAUGGUAAUCAACUUUGGGGCAGGUCCGGCCAAGUUACCUCGGGAAGUAUUGUGCGAGGUGCAAAAAAAUCUCGUCGAGCAUGGCACGAGCGGUAUGAGCGUGAUGGAGAUGUCCCAUCGAGGAAAUGCAUACGUUGCAUUACACAACGACACAUUGGCACUGGUCAAAGAACUGCUUAAUGUUCCAGAUAACUAUAAGAUCUUGCUCAUGCAAGGCGGAGGAACAGGAUUGUUUGCUGCCGUUGCCAUGAAUUUAAUUGGUAAAACGGGAAAGGCAGACUAUAUCGUCACGGGUAGUUGGUCGUCGACGGCCGCUAAAGAAGCAGCACGGUACGGCAAGAUCAAUUAUGCAGCACCCAAGCAGGACAAAUACACCGGCAUUCCAAAUCCAAAGCAAUGGCAGCUCGAUCCGGAAGCAUCCUACGUUUAUUACUGUGACAAUGAAACAAUUGGUGGCAUUGAAUUUGACUCUGUGCCAGAAACCAACGGUGUACCGUUGGUGGUGGACAUGUCCUCAAAUAUGCUAUCUCGAAGAGUCGAUGUCAAAAAGUUUGGCGUUGUAUUUGCCUGUGCACAGAAAAACAUCGGCCCAUCCGGCAUCACGUUAGUAAUAGUACGGGAAGAUCUAAUUGGGCACGCAAUGCCAAUCACUCCAACCAUUUUCGAUUUUGGUGUCAUCGCCAAAGCGAAUUCAAUUAGUAACACACCACCAACGUUCAUCAUCUAUGUGAUGGGGCGAGUAUUUGCCUGGAUCAAGCGUCAUGGUGGAGUCGAUGAGAUGUACCGUUUGUCGAUGAUUAAGUCCGAAUUGAUCUAUGACGUGAUUGCAAAGUCUAAUGGGUUCUAUUACUGUCCGGUUGAUAAGAAAGUACGCAGCCGAAUGAACGUACCCUUCCGGGUUGGUGGUGCGAACGGAGAUGAAGAACUGGAAAAACAAUUCCUAAAAGGCGCAGAAGCGCUUGGCAUGCAGCAGCUGAAAGGUCAUCGUUCGGUCGGUGGCAUCCGUGCCUCUCUGUACAACGCGGUAACGGUCGAGGAAGCAACGUCCUUGCAACAGUAUAUGCUGGAGUUUUUGAAGAAUCACCAGAAAUCCUAA